CUCCUCAAGAACACUUCUAAUGGACAUGUCACUGAUUUCUCAACCCGUUUUUCAUUCACCAUCCAAGCUUCUAAAACCGUCUACGGUGAUGGCUUUGCUUUCUACGUCGCACCCAUUGCCUACCAGAUUCUCAACAGCGAUUUAGCCGGUUACCAGCUCGGUCUGUACGAUGAAAGCGUGCCCAUAAUUGCUGUCGAAUUUGACACUUACGUAAACGAUUUAGACCCACCAAUGCAACACGUAGGAAUCAACAAUAACUCUGUGGCAUCUCUCAACUAUACCAAGUUUGAUAUCGAGAGCAACAUAGGGAAGAUGGGGCAUGCGUUGAUAACUUAUAACGCUUCUGCAAAACUCCUUGCUGUCUCGUGGUUCUUUGAUGGAACUAGUUCUGCUUCUACUCCAAACACUGAUCUUUCGUACCAUAUUGACCUGGGGGCAAUUUUACCGGAGUGGGUCAAUGUUGGGUUUUCGGGUGCAACUGGGUCGUUCCAAGAGGAAAACGUUAUCCAUUCCUGGGAAUUCAGUUCAAGUCUGGAUUUAAAUUCCACGAAGGAAGAGGUAAACAAAGAAAAUGGCAUCCCAACCAAAUGCAAGGUUCACAUGAAGGUAGUAAUUGUUACAGUGAUUUGUUCUAUUGUUUUUGUGCUCGUGGUUAUUAGUACUUCUUGGUUAACCAUCAAAAGGAGAAGAGCCGAGGAUGGUUUUGGUUUCGAUAGAGAAGCUAUGCCUAGAAGGUUUGGUUAUGAGGAAAUAGUUGCACCCACGAACGGGUUUGCAGAUGAUAGAAGGCUGGGAGAAGGAGGCUCUGGACAAGUUUACAAAGGGUUUCUGCGUGAUUUAGGGCGCGUGGUUGCUGUGAAGAGGAUAUUUUCUGAUGUUGAAGAUUGUGAGAGAAUAUUCAGAAACGAGGUGAAGAUUAUAAGUCGUGUUAUACAUAGAAACCUUGUGCAAUUCAUGGGGUGGUGCCACGAGAAAGGGGAGCUGUUACUGGUUUUUGAGUACAUGAGUAAUGGAAGCCUUGACAAUCAUCUGUUUGGGAAGAGAAGAAGUUUGACAUGGGAUGUGAGGUACAAGAUAGCGUUAGGUGUGGCAAGAGCACUUCGUUAUCUUCAUGAAGACGCGGAGCAGUGUGUUGUUCAUAGGGACAUAAAGUCAGGUAAUGUUUUGUUAGACACAGAUUUCAACUGUAAGAUUAGUGACUUUGGGAUAGCGAAGUUGGUGGAUCCGAGGUUGAGGACUCAGAAGACAAGGGUGGUGGGGACAUAUGGGUAUCUUGCCCCUGAAUAUGUGAAGGAAGGAAGGGCUAGCAAGGAAUCUGACAUGUACGGUUUUGGGGUGUUGGCUUUGGAGAUAGCAUGUGGAAGGAGGACUUGCAAGGAUGGGGAAUAUAAUCACGUGCCUUUGACGAUUUGGGUGUGGAAACAUUAUGUGGAUGGGAAUAUUUUGAAUGCUGCUGAUGAGGAAUUGAAGGGCGAUUUUAAUGCAAAAGAAAUGACAUGCUUGCUUACUGUGGGACUGUGGUGUACCCUCCAAGAUCACAGGGCAAGACCAACGGCAGAACAUGUCAUUGAUGUUCUUAAACAUAAGUGUUCACUGCCAAUGCUUUGUACUUAACAUGGCUGAUUGUUCUGUCUCAUCCUACCAAUGGGCAAUCUUAUUCC